UUGACGCGCGUGCUGAACGUUCGUACACUAGUAGUGUGGUACGGUGUUUUUGAUGUAGUGUGACGUUUCGUAGACGAAAAGUACUGAGCACUAAGCAAAUAACAAAGGAACAAAAAUAGUAAUUGUAAGAACGUAAGAAACAUAUGAAGAUAUCUACGUGUUGCGUCGAGAGUACUACAUAGUGACGGUUAAUUUCAUACGCGAACUGUUAAAUGAUUGAUGGCAUUUAGUUAACAUAACUUGCCGUUAAAACGUGUGAAACAGUGAAUUUAUACACAAAAUUUCUAAAUGGAUUUUUACAAAGAAAAAAAUCAAAUAAUUUAAGUUGCACGAAGAAAAAUAUAUAAAUAGUGACAAACAAAUAUAAAGGAAAUAACUGUAAUUUAUAAUUAUAAAAAUAGCAAAAAUUGAAAUUGUAAUAAUUGAAUUGAAAAACUAGUAGGAAAAAUUGCCGUCGGUAAAACAUUAAUAAUUUAUAACAAACUAAAUAGUUUGAUAACAACAACAACUACAUAUUUUUAAGUGAAGCGGUAUUCUUUGCUGACAAUACAAUUGGUUGCCGUUGAGGUAGAAGUCAAAUAAAUUGCCGGUAAUAGCAACAGUGUACUGAAUGUUGAGCGCUACAAAGUGUCCAAGCAGCAACAACCACAACAACAACUGCAAGCUCGCUCACAUAUUAUAUGUGCGUAUAUAUAAUACAUAUGUAUGUAUGCAUGUAGGCGCAAUUGCGUGUGUGUGUAAUAAGAGUAGCACUUAGCAAGUCAUACAUAUAACAUUGGUAGGCUGCAGGAGGCGCUAGCAGCAGCGCAGUAGCAAUAUAACAGCGACGCAACGUCAAUACGAUUUUUCAUCAUCAUCAGCGGCGGUGAAAUAACACAACAACACAAAACAGAAAAAAAAUAACAGUAACAGCAGCAACAACAACAACAACUUGCAGCAAAUCUAACAUUAAGUAUACACAUGAGAACGCGCAGCAGCGACCGCAACAAUAGCAACAACAACAUCAACAUAAAUUAAAUUGUAAGCAACAGCGCGACACACGAAUUUAUUGAUAUUACACAUUAUGAGCGGUGGCGAGCAUUAUUAAAGUUUAAAUGAAUAUGAUGAUGACAGUUGAUGACGGCAGCGUGUAGCGUAAACAACAAACCGUAUACAACCGUGUCUCUUUUUACCGUUCACAAGCAAAAGCCAAGCAAUCAACCAACCAACCAAUAGCUAGUCCAACAUAGGCAAUCAGUAAAACAUUUCCAAACGGUAUUACAGCAAAGCCGGCGGUUAAUCGAAACGCUUAAUAAAUAAAAAUAUUCGGAAUUAAAAUAAAAUUUAAUAUAAUUUAAAAAGAAAAUUAAUUUAAUUUAAAAAUAAAAUAAAUAAAAUUUAAAAUUUUUAAAAAUAUUAUAAAAAAUAUUUUCACUAUUUUUCAAAUGUCACAAAUUCUUCGCUAAUGUCGCGCUUAAUUCACUCAACUACAAGGAGCAGCACCAGCUAUAAAACGCAAUCGCAUUCGAAGUCGUGUAAACUUUGUGCAAAUCUAUAAUUGAUAUUAAAGCGUUUUUUGUGUGUGUUCAACAAAAAUCAUAGCUAAUAAGCAAGUGCAAGCCAAUUUUUCAACUUUGAAAUUCGCUUAUGAAUAUAUGUAUGUAUAUAAAGAAAAUAUUUUUUAAAUGAAAAAUCAUAUAUCAACUGUUUUGUGUGAAAUGCGUAGUGAUUUCAAAGAUAAUCAUCAAGAAACAAUUAAUAAAAUGAUACAAUUUGGCACCGUUAAAUAUGGAAUCGUCAAACAAUUGAAAGAUCGAGCGCACAGCGUGGAGAAAGAUGAGACCAGCGAUCAGGAGGAGAAUGGUGCUUGCUGCUCGCCCAUUGCCAGAAGCCAAGAAGAAGUGGCGAACAAUACAGAAACAGCAACAACAACAGCAAGCAGCACAAUAACAAUGCCCACAGUUACGCUUGCGGCACACAGCGCAAUUGGCAAUGAUUUGUCCGUUGCGGCACAAGUGCAAAGCGCAGCGGAUGCGCUUGAAAGCAACACAACAACAGCUACAACAAUCAGUGAGGCGACCGAAGAUCACAAUCACAACAACACAAGCAACAGCAAUAGCAAUAAUGUUAUAAUGUCCGGUGUUUCACCGACGCGACUAGCAGAACAAGCGCGCGGCACAACACCCGUUGAGCGCCUACUACAGUUGAAACAGCUUAGCGAUGCGACAGCGUCGGCAUAUCCGCUAGAUAGUGCGGCUGGUGUUGUUGUGACUAACAAUAACAAAUUUGGUACGCCCACACCGAUGGAUACGGAGGAGGGUGAGGAGGAGGACACAAUGCUUAAUGCCACGGCUGGUACGUUGGCAAAGCAGCGCGCGGUAGAGAAUAAGGAAUUGGAUGAGGAAGCUGAAGAUGAAGAUCAACAAACUGCCGAAGAGUUGGCUGUAAAGCAGCGCGCCGAAGAAUUAGCGGCGGCUAGCGCAGCGUUAAGAAAGCCCAGCGGUAUGGAUGCCAGCGACGCAGCGGCCGCGAGCGAAGCAGAUGAAUUAGCAAAGAGCGCUGCCGCAGCGCUUACGCCCACAGCAGCGAGCGCGCUUGCUGCCGCCGCCGCUGCCGGUUUGCCACAAGCCGCUUUCGGCGCUGCGCCAGUCAAUCUGGAAGCCAUACAAAAUAUGCAAAUGGCAAUUGCGCAAUUCGCCGCCAAGACGAUAGCGAAUGGCGCACAGGGCGGUGAUAAUGAUGCGGCCAUGAAACAGUUGGCCUUUCUGCAGCAAGCGCUCUUCAAUUUGCAGCAACAACAACUCUUUCAAAUACAACUCAUUCAACAAUUGCAAUCGCAAUUGGCAUUGAAUCAGCCGAAAGGUGCGAGUGAUGGUGAAGUUGGCGAUGCUGAUGAGUUGGAGGAAGAGCGUGAAGACGGCGAGGAAGAUACAUAUGAAGAGGAGGAACGCAUUGCGGAAAUGGAGUUGCGUCAGAAGGCGGAGGCGCGCAUGGCCGAGGCUAAAGCGCGUCAACAUCUCAUCAAUGCGGGCGUGCCGUUGCGCGAUGAAGCUGCUACCAAUGCUGAGCAGGUAGCUGACACCAGCGGUACUGAGUCACUGAAGCGCAAACGCGAAGAUGACACUGAUGCUUUUGCCGCGGUGGCCAGUAGACGCAUGAGCGUCGAGGCAUCACACAUGAGCGCGUCACGUUUGAGCGAACCCCAAAUGCCCACCGGUAUGGAUGCGUUGAGCAAACUGAAGGAAAUGGAAAAUAUGCCACUGCCCUAUGGUACUGAUCUCGCCUCGAGCAUAAUUACCAAUCACGAUGAUCUGCCUGAACCAAACUCACUGGAGAUGCUGCAGAAGCGCGCGCAAGAGGUGCUCGACUCCGCCUCACAGGGCAUAUUGGCCAACAAUAUGGCUGAUGAGUUUGCGUUCCGCGAUAAGAAUGGCGAUGGUAAGAAUCGCAAUGAACCGUUCUUCAAGCAUCGCUGCCGCUACUGCGGUAAGGUGUUCGGCUCGGACUCAGCGCUUCAAAUACACAUACGUUCACAUACCGGUGAGCGGCCGUUCAAGUGCAAUGUCUGUGGCAGUCGUUUCACCACCAAAGGUAAUCUGAAGGUGCACUUCCAGCGGCACGCGCACAAGUUCCCGCAUGUGCCGAUGAAUGCCACGCCUAUACCCGAGCACUUGGAUAAAUUUCACCCACCGCUGUUGGACCAAAUGUCACCGGAUAGCUCGCCCUCACAUACACCGUCAGCGCUGCCACAGCAAAUGCCACAACAGAUGCCGCCAGUAUCAUUGCCGCUGCCGUUCCCACCAAGCGCUGCUUUCCCCGGCUUAUCAGGACUGUAUCGGCCACCGAUGGAGUUGUUGAAGUCAUUAGGCAAUGCUGGAUUCCCGCAUCCAUUCUUUCCACAAAUGUCCAGUGCUGUUAGCGAGUCACGCGCCGAAGCACCUACAGCGCAGUCUCCACCCAAAGAGCAUAAUCAAGAUUUACCUACCGAUUUGCGUAAGUCAUCGGCAUCCAACUCCCCGGAGUUGCAAGUGAAGACUGAAAUUAUGGAGGAGAAAGAGGAAGAUGAAACGGAAAAACAAACGACUUCCGUUGCAGAAACCACUGAACCGGCGGUCGCAGAAACACCGGAAGUUACAACAUCGUCAUUAGGUAUCAAAAUUAAAGAAGAAAGGAUCGACACGGAUUCACCAGAUGAAGAGAUGGAGCGUGCGGAGACACCAACUGCUCCGUUGGCACCAUCCCCAGUGCGCGCGAAUGCCUCAACUCCAACACAAACGUCCGCCAGCGCGCCAUUCACACCACCAACACCCACCUCAAAGACGUUGGCGUUGCCACCUGUCGUGCAGCCAGCACAACCGCCCAUCAGUAUGCAUCCGCAUCCAUCACCCGGCCUCAACAAUCAUUUCGAUCAUCUGCCUACACCAGGACAGCUGCCGCCAUCUUUGCAUCAUCGCGAUGACUUUUUUGCGGAGCGCUUUCCACUGAACUUUACCAAAAAUCUCUCACCUGAACAUCACUCGCCCAUACGCUCGCCUGCGCAUCUACAGCGUUCGCCAUUCUUCAAUCCAAUCAAACAUGAGAUGGCGCUACUGCCACGCCCACACAGCAAUGACAACUCAUGGGAGAAUUUCAUCGAAGUUUCGAAUACUUCGGAGACAUUGAAACUCAAGGAACUUAUGAAGAACAAGAAACUGACCGACCCCAACCAAUGCGUCGUAUGUGAUCGUGUGCUAUCGUGCAAGAGCGCUUUGCAGAUGCAUUAUCGCACACACACGGGCGAACGGCCCUUCAAGUGUCGUAUCUGCGGACGCGCCUUCACUACAAAAGGCAAUCUGAAGACUCACAUGGCUGUGCAUAAGAUACGGCCACCCAUGCGCAAUUUCCACCAAUGUCCCGUUUGUCAUAAGAAAUACUCGAAUGCUUUAGUAUUGCAACAACAUAUACGUCUGCAUACCGGUGAACCAACCGAUUUGACACCCGAACAGAUACAAGCUGCCGAAAUACGUGAUCCCCCACCAUCGAUGAUGCCGGGCGCUUUCAUGAACCCCUUUGCAGCAGCGGCUUUCCACUUCGGCGCCAUGCCAGGCGCUGGCGCUGCCAUGGGUCAUUUAGGACCACACAACGGACUGGGUUCGGAGUCAUCGCAAGGUGAUAUGGAUGAGAAUAUCGAUUGCGGCGAUGACUAUGACGAUGACAUGUCGUCCGAACACAUGUCCAGUGCGCAUGACUUGGAUGUGGGAGAUCGGCCGAGAUCCAGUGAUGACUUCAAAGGUCUGCUCUUCGAGCAAAAGCUGCGUAUCGAUGCUACCGGUGUUGUGAAUACCACACCUCGUCCGCAUUCGACCGCCAGCAAUGCCAAUUCCGUCAACUCGGCGCCAACUAGCCCGAGCUCCGCGCCGCGUCAAUGCUCCACGCGCACCAGUUCACCAGCGCGUUCCAUGUCGGAGGCAUCGCAAGGUGCACUUGAUCUCACGCCGCGCGCCAUGCCAACGCACGCCAAAAGCAGUUCGCACUCACCAGCACCGACGUCGGCGGCGCAGUCCGCUGGACGCAAGUCGCCCACAUCACCGCCGCGCAACAGCAGCGCCAAUAGCAGCAUAACGCGCAGUCCAAACCCGACGGCCGCGCAGAAGCCACAAUCAAGUCCUGCUGCUACACUCACCUCUCCCUUGAUGCCAACAUCGGCAGUCGAUUGCCUGCCCCCAGUGUUGCACCAUCACCUGCAACAGCAGCAUCAACAGCUGAUGCAGCAGCAAGCGGUCGCAGCGGCAGCAGCGCAUGCGCAAGCACAAGCGCAACAUCAUCACCAACAAUUGCAACAACAUGCCGUCGCUAUGCACGCCGAGCAGUUGCGUCGCGAACAUCAAAUCAAGCAAGAACAUGCGGCGCAUCAGCAUCAAUUACGCCAACAGCAUCAGCAACAACAGCAAGACUCACAUGCGUCAGCACACUCACCGCAUCAGCUGUCAUUGCCACCAUCGCCGCAUCUCGCCCAUCACCUGCAACAACAACAUCAAGCCGCCGCGGCGGCAGCAGCAGCUGCAGCAGCGCAACAACAACAACCUACAGGCGCUAUGCCACCACAAGGACCACAACCACCAAAUCCAUUGGUCGCUGCGCGUCCCCCCUUCGGCAUGUUCCCGAAUUUGCCGCUCUUCCCGCCGGCCACAGCGCAAACGAUGUGCUCCGCCAUGAAUACGAUUGCGCAAUCGGUAAUGCCGGCGGCACCGUUCAAUCCGCUUGCACUUUCCGGCGUGCGAGGUAGCACCACCUGCGGCAUCUGUUUCAAAACAUUCCCCUGUCACUCAGCUCUAGAAAUACACUAUCGCAGCCAUACCAAGGAGCGGCCGUUCAAGUGUAACAUCUGUGAUCGCGGUUUUACCACAAAGGGCAACCUCAAACAACAUAUGCUGACACAUAAAAUACGGGAUAUGGAGCAGGAAACCUUCCGGAAUCGUGCCGUAAAGUAUAUGAGUGGCUGCAAAGACGGCUAUGAGUAGUGAGACCAUUGCAGUCCAAACUUAGUAAAGCUGGCUACAUGCAGAAAACAAUGAAUUUGCAGUAACUAGUUAGAACACCAGUUAACUAGUGGCUGGCAAAACUCAAAAAAUCCGAGAAAAUUAAGCAAAAAUGGUUCUCCUUACUGCCGUGUCUUGAGAAUAUUUAUACAUAUGUAUGUGUAUAUAUGUGCAUCCAGGUAUUAUGUUGGCGCUAAAGUUUUGUUGUUUUUGCUGCUUUUUUGACAUUUGCGAGCAGUACGUAAGCGUAAGUGAUAUGCAUAUAUGUAUGUAUGUAUCUAUAUCAAUGUAAAUAUGUAUGUAUUUAUGUACUAAAGUGAUACUGUGAGUAGUUCAUGUGUUUGAAAAAAAAAACAAAAAUAAAUAAAAUAAAUAUAUACAAAUGUAUAUACGAGUAUAUAAAUGUAUAUAUAUAUAUGUAUUUGGUGGUGCUAAGCAACUAAAGCAUAUUUAUAUCGCUUAGUAAUGAUCUCAGCAUAGCGCUUAGGCGGCUGCUUCGAAAGCAAAAUGAACUAGUUCAUUGCAAGGAGGGUUCACUGUCUUUUGGCAUAUAUAUACAUAUGUAUGUAUAUGCACUGCCUCAGUAAAAGAUGACUGAUGCCGUAAUGGCCAAUAAGAACAGUCAUAAAAUACAUUUUUACUGCUGGCAUUUGAAAAGGAAAAUAAUAAUAAAAAAUAAUAAUAUUUUUUUGUUUAAACAAGCAGCAGCACAAACAAAGGCGAGAGAAAAUAAAAAAACAAUAGGAACAAAGUGAAAAAAUGCGCUUCUGCAAAAUUGAAAAUUAUAUUGCGAUUAUUGUUGCUACAGAGAAAAAAAUGAUAUACAAAUAUAUAUGUGAUACAUAUGUAUGUAUGUGUGAAUUUAUAUAUACAUAUGUAUAUUGAUUGAUCUAAUGCAAUAGCUAAUCCUCAUAUUGCAAAAAUAACAACAAUUUUUUAAAGAAGUGAAUGUCUAAAUGUUUUUCUUCGUACGUUAUUUCGACAGUCAACAACAACAAUAAUAAAAACAACAGUGUUAGAGUAGUCAGGUGCGCUGUCCGUACAAUCCGUUCACUCGCCUAUAUCUUCAUUCAUUCAUUUUUCAAUUUCAUUUUCAUUUGCUGCAUGUACAAGCGAACUCUUUAACAUUUAGUAGUUUUAUUGACGAUUUUUAAUGGCCUCAUUUUUCUCUCUACAUUUGGUGCUUUUGUAGUUUUUUAUUGUUUUAUUGCGUGUGUGCUAAUAGUAGCCGGGAGUACAUAUCUAUCAUAUAUACAUAUGUAUAUAUAUACAUCAAUAUAUGUUUAGAUGAGUAUGUGUGUUGCGAUUAAUAGUUCAUUUCGUUUUUGAAGCAUUGCUCCUUAAAUAGCACUACUUUUCUUUCAAUAUAUACAAAGAUGUAAAUACAUGAGAAAUAAUUGAAAACAUAAAAAUAAUUCUCAAAUACUAUGCUGGAGCAGAAUUUAAGCAAAACAAUCAGAAAACAGAUGCAGUAUCUAUAAUAAAAUAUUUCCAGUUAGGUUACAAAAGAAUUAUUGGCAAAUACAAUGAUAACGGUAACCAACCGUGCAACGCCAAACAACUAAAACCGGCCAACAAUACAAAAAUUUCUUAACAAAAAAUAAUAAAAAGCGUAUAAAUAUUGGCAAAUUAUAGAUUUCAGUCGUAAACCGAUUUUAUAGCAUAAAUACAAUUUCAGAAAAAGUUAAUAAAAAAUUGUUUAUAAAUAAUAAAAAAA